AGCCGACACGCCCCCUCAGUCCCUCUCUCCCUCUCUGUCGCUCUCCCCGAGGUCAUGUGUUCAAUAAUAAUAAUGAUGUUUGCACUUUGAUUGUCAAUCACUUGGGAGAAACAGUGAACGCGUGCAUGUGGGGUCCCACGGCUCCCACAGUGCGUGACUGGACCGGAACCAGUCAUCAGCUGCUCGCAGCGGUGUGUGGCCCACGUGAGCAGAAGCUCAUCUCUGUGGUUUUCACCUUUCUGCUUGUGUGCUUUUAUGAGCCACUGAAUCAUACAAAACGCCCAUGUGAAAGUUUUGAGCCGUUGGACCCAUCGGAACCCGUCCUGGCUCAGGGUCCACUUCACCGGAUAGAGGUGGAGUGCCUGCCGGAGACCCGUCAUAAGGAGGAGGGAGUAACCGGAGAUCACCUCAGAGUCACAGAGUGAAACUGAGCAGAUCAGGUGUCUGAAAAGAAACAGAGCUACAUCACAGUAAAGGGCAGGUGGGAAGAUGGAGUCCCCCGGCUUUGUGGAUUAAGAGGAAACAAGCAGCUUCUUUAUGGGAGAAGUUAGAAAAAAUGUGUUUUUCUUGGCCGAGGGGGAUUCACGCCGCAUCGCCUGGACUUUUAAGUUGUGUUGGAGGUCAGAAGAGAGACGCGUUAGAAGCAGAAAAAGGGAGCUGACGAGCAAUGGCCAAGAUCUACACACGUGGGAAAUAAAAAGAAGAAGAAGAAGAAGCUGAAGAAUUUUAAGAACCUUCAGCCUGUCUGGGACUGAACGGUCCAGCCCGGCCAAAGGUCCACCGGGCCACUCCACAGUCACUUCCCUCUGGACGGCUCCACUCCUGCAGCUGAGGCAUCUGCACCAAGGGGGUUCGAACUCCAGGCAGGACUGAGAGGAAACGCACACGGGCUCUUAUGAAGGGGAACAAAGCGGGACCCGCCAUGGAGAACCAUGUCACACAGAUCUCCAGAGACGACCUGGAGGAACUGAGAGAGGCCUUCAAUAAAAUCGAUAUCGACAACAGCGGCUACGUGAGCGACUUCGAGCUCCAGGAGCUGUUCAGAGAGGCCAGCUUCUCGCUGCCGGGCUACAAGGUGCGGGAGAUCGCCGAGAUCUUCGUCUCCGGGGACAAGAACAAGGACGAGAAGAUCAGCUUCGAGGAGUUCGUCUCUAUCUAUCAGGAGCUGAAGAGCAAGGAGUUCAGCGAGACGUUCAAGAAGACCGUCACGAGGAGGGACGGGAUCCGCUCCUUCGGGGGAACGUCUGGAGUCUCCAGUGAGGGAACGCAGCACUCCUACUCUGAUGAGGAGAAAGUGGCCUUUGUCAACUGGAUCAACAAAUCUUUAGCUAAAGACCCAGACUGUCAACAUCUGGUGCCCAUCAACCCGGACGAUGAAAGCCUCUUCCGCUCCGUCCGCGACGGAAUCCUGCUAUGCAAAAUGAUCAACCUGUCGCAGCCCGACACGGUCGACGAAAGAGUCAUCAACACAAAGAAGCUCACCACCUUCAAAAUGACAGAGAAUUUGGUCUUGGCUCUGAAUUCCGCCUCAGCGAUCGGCUGCACGGUGGUCAACAUCGACGCCCAUGAUCUGAUGGCCGGGAAACCCCACCUGGUGCUGGGGCUGCUGUGGCAGGUCAUCAAGGUCGGCCUGUUCGCCGACAUAGAGAUCAGCAGAAACGAAGCUCUGAUGAGCCUCCUAAAAGACGGGGAAACGCUCGACCACCUGAUGUCUCUCUCCCCCGAGGAGCUGCUGCUGCGCUGGGUCAACUAUCACCUGAGCAACGCGGGAACGCAGACCAUCAGGAACUUCAGCGAGGACAUAAAGGUCCCUGCUGAGCACACACACACACACACACACACACACACACACACACACACACACACAGUGACCCUGUCUUCUCUCCUCCCCCAGGACUCGCGGGCCUACUUCUACCUGCUGGACCAGAUCACCUCCCACGAGGAGCAUCAGCAUAGGAUGAUUUUCAAAAUCGACAUGAGCGGCUUGAACGAGCGUGAUCUGGAGCGUCGGGCCGAGCUGAUGCUGCAGCAAGCGGCCCGGAUCGACUGCAGGCAGUUCGUGUCUCCGCACGACGUCACGUCUGGGAACAGCAAGCUCAACAUGGCCUUCGUGGCCAACCUGUACAACACGUACCCGGCCCUGCAGAAGGCGCCGAGCAGCGACGCCGACGCGCCACACAUACAAAGUGAGACCAGAGAGGAGAAAACAUUCCGCAACUGGAUCAACUCCCUGGGCGUCAAUCCAUACGUCAACCACCUGUACCAUGAUCUGUGUGACGGGCUGGUGAUCCUGCAGCUUUAUGAGAAGGUUAACGUGCCUGUGAACUGGAAGAGCGUCAACAACGCCCCGUAUCCUGCCCUGGGGGCCAACAUGAAGAUGCUGGAGAACUGUAACUAUGCGGUGAAGCUGGGCAGAGACGUAGCACAUUUCUCUCUAGUGGGCGUCGGGGGAGAAAACCUCAACGAGGGGAGUCAGGUUCACACCCUGGCGUUGGUCUGGCAGCUGAUGAGGAGGUACACGGUUCUGGUUUUGUCCGAUCUUGGGGAUGGAGAGAAAGCCGGCGAUCAGAUCAUUCUCAACUGGGUCAACACCACUUUGAGCCAGAAACGCAAGGACACGCAGAUCAGCAGCUUCAAGGACAAGCUGAUCAGCACCAGUUUACCUGUCAUUGACCUGAUCGACGCCAUCGCUCCCGGCACUGUCAAGUGGGACAUGGUGAAGAGAGGCGAGAAAGGAGUGUUGAGGGACGCAGACAAGCUGGACAACGCCAAGUAUGCUGUAUCACUGGCUCGGAAGAUCGGCGCUCGGGUCUACGCGCUGCCGGACGAUUUGGUGGAAGUGAACCCCAAGAUGGUGCUGACGGUGUUCGCCUGCCUCAUGGGCCACGGCUUGAAAAAGGUCAACCGCUGAAACGAGCAUGAGUUAACCACAGAUAAACAUUGUGUUUUAAUGCAGUUUUUAUCUUUUAUUUACACUUUUAUCAUAAUUGUUAUUUCUUAUAUUUGACUUGCCUUGCUGUAAUUACUAGACAGUGGGGAGGCUGCUGUCUGUUCUCAUUUCAUGUAAAGGCUAAAAGCCUAAAUUAGAAUAAUCUCUCAUGAGCAGAAUUAUCCUCUGUGAUGUUAUGAGACAAAUGCGUAGUUGUUCUUUUUAAUAUGAUAUUUAGGACAUUUCAUCUGCUUGUUCCUUUUGCAAAAGGAGAUUGAAAAGAUACUGAAUCAUUAACACACCUUUCGUUUCGAGAAUAAUUUUAAGUGUAUGUAAAUGUUGGUCAUUCAUAUUGCUAUUUAAUAAACAAAGAAUCUUU